UCUCUCUCCCGUAUUUCGUUUAUUAACCGUUUAUUUUACAAGUUUUGAUAGAUAAGAGAUUUGUAAAAAAAAGAAAAGAUUUGUAUGGAUGCAACAGGAAUAUUUAAACUUUCGAGAAAAUUCGUCUAUUAUUUUACAGUUAGCUUUUCCUAACAAACGAUAGAUAUUGUCGGCCGGUUACGUAAUCUACCGUGUAUAGCAGAAACGAUGGGAAUCCUCUCAGUUGCAUUCAAUGCGAAAUGCUGACACGUUCGCAGUUUUCAAUGUAACCAACACGACACGACACGACACGUUUCUUUCGAACGUUCGAUUAUAUCACGAUCGAUUGAAUGAGAGAUAUUACGUGAAUGAUAAAACCGAAUGUUGAGAUCAUAAUAUCGAGAGAAAAAUUUCAUUCGAUCGCAAUGAUAUUAAAAAGAAUAAUAAAAAAAAAAGAAAAUCAAUAUAGAAAAUUUCGACACAUAUACCAUGAUAUUCCAACGUUUACGCAGAUAUUAUCGUUCCCAAGAAAAUUUCUUUUUAUAUUAUCGUUCCAUUGAACGAAAGCAUUUCUAAAGGAAUGUACGCGCGUGGAAGAGGAUCAGCAAAGUCCGCGCUUAUUAUUUUCAUUGAAAAUGGCGACGUCCUUGGAGAGGUCACGUGUUCAGUGUCGCGCCCAUAUCACCCACGACAGAGUCCAUCUCAAUGUCCACCUGCGUGCUCCGCUUACCAAUCCGCUUGUCGUCCUCUACCGCGCAUUCAAAUCACUGGACUUUGCUAUACGAUGAUUCAGUUCGCUGACUAUGUUAACUAUAGCUUUAGAAAGCCAUGAGAUUCCUUAUGAUUAUUAUUAUUAAAAAAAAGAAAAAAAGAAAACAGAAAUCAGAAAGAGGAGAACGAAGAAAAAAGAAAAAAAAAAAGAAAUUAUCAAGCAUAUAAAAAAAUUCAAUACCGACGAGUUUAAACGAUUUUGUUUAAGCGAAUUCGUUAUUUAGUUUUUUUCCUUCGCUUUUUUUUUUUUCCAUUUCUUUUCAAUGGGAUAGAACAAAUGUGCGAUGUUUAACUCAAACACGAGUACGUUAUAGUAAGCGCAUCAAUUACGUCGAGUUGAGUAAUCCGACACUACUACGAAGCUCUCGCCCUCGUAAAGUUAUUUAGUUUGAUACGCAUGACGCAUCCCUGACGUCACAUACGUAUCCUACACGGCAAUAAAGUAAUGAAGUUAACACGAUCAUUCUUACUGAGAUUGAUAAAGAACUGUGCCAUUUGAUAGAAUAAUCGUGUAAUUGCUAUGAUUUAUUUGUGUUCGAUCGUACUAAAAUUUCUCCCUCUCAUCCUGCAUUUCAUUUCUAAUCGCCAUUUUUGUUAUUUUUAUAUCCUUUGCAAAUCGUACGAUUUCCUUCAAACGAAAAAUAUUUUCUGAAGAAAGUUUCGCGUUGUUGCCUAUCGGAUUAGUAGUAGAAAAGUGAAAAAUAAAAAAUUUGAGAUACAAAAAAAAAAGGAAAACAUCAAAUAAAUUCAAAAAUUAAAAAGAUUUGAACGUACUUACGUACUUGUCCCUGGCGCGACAGGGAGAGCACGUGCGUAAUUUCAACCGCAAGGACGCAAGUGGACAUUGGCGUAGAAAUAAUAUAUUUAUUGAACGUGAUGAUCCUUUGAAAAUGAUAGGCUUUCUUAUUAUUUUUAUUCGACGAUAAAAAAUAUGUCGAAUAAAGAAAUUAAGAUAUAAGACCGUGGAGUAUUAUUUAAAGUGCAGCAACGUUGACACGAAUACAAUUUCAAUAUAGUAUUUUAAUGCGAUAUAGUAUUUGAAUUUUACGAUCUUUAAUAAUGUAUUAAUAAUACGAAAACGUUCCCAUAGAUAAAUGAAUAUAAAAUAAAUUAGAUUAAUAAAAAAAAAAAAAACAAACAAAACAAUAAUUAUAUACAUAUAAAAAAAAGAAAUGAUACUACUACUACUACUAUUACUACUAAUAACGAAUAAAUAAAAUUGAACGAGAGAUGAUUUAAUAAGUUAAUAAAAAAAUGCAAAAUGAUAAUGAUUAAGUAAAUGAUUAAGAUAAUGAAAUGAAUUAUCGUAUAUUUGUACGAUAAAUAAAAUAAUAGAAAGAAUAAAAUCAAAAUCAAAUCAAUGUCGUCCAUAUUUAAAUAUCCCAAAUACGAUUAUUUAUUGUAUACGUCAUCGCGAUACUAAAGAAAAUAUUUCUAUGGAUAUACACUUGGAUCGUUUGUUCCAAGUGAUCGCGCCAAUGAGAUCCAAGGAUCGAGUAGUCGAUCGUGGCAUACGCAUGUCUUUAACCAUCUCGAUAUCGUAUCGCAGUCCAUAUCGAGGUGGCCAAGACCACAGGCCCGCGUGCCACUUGCGGCCUUCGACUUCCAUAUAGAGUCUUCCGAUGAAUUAUUACGCCUCGCAUCAACGUUACCGAUGGACGUUUGUUUGCUUGGAUGUUCUCUGUUAAAAAGGUGGAAUAUAAGGAAAGGAUUAGGCCAGAGAAUAGAGACAUGAUUUUGUGAUGGAGGUGAUUUCGACACGGCGAUAUGAGGUCCGACCACCACCUACGACUAACCAUCAUGGAAUCGUUGUCGACCCUGAGAAUUCCGUGGCAUUGGUCAAAGAAGAGGAAUGGGAGACACGUAAGAAGAAAGAAAUCACAACGACGAGACAAAUAGAAACCAGAGUGAAGAGACAGGUUGUCUUAGAGGAUGGUGAAGUCGUCGUUGAUACUGGUCCAUUUGUUACUACGAACACUACCGAAGACGUUGAACAACAAGAACAUACUACCGAGGAAAGAAGAACGACUGGGGAUCAACCGCAAGAAGUUGAAUGGCCCGUAGCUGGUAAAGGAACAACCGACGGAAUAGUUCAAAAGGAACUUAACGAAACUGUGGUGAGGAGUCGUGAGGAGAUAGAGGAAAGACUCGAGACUGAGGAUCGUCAACAACUUGGAGAUAUCUCCGACGAGGCUUAUCAAAAAGCGGUACAGAGCAAUAGAGGAGAUCUGAGAAUCGCUUUGGCGGAAUCGACGAAACAAAUUGCACCACAGACAGGACCAAGGAUCGUACAGCAUACGACCAGGUCGAACAAGGUCAUCGACACUGAGAAGACCCUGGAAAAACAGGAACUUAAAUCCGAUGGUCUAAUCGUCACGGAGAAAAAGAAAACUGUUGAGCACGAGGAGAUCAACGACGACGAAGUACCGGACGACGGUAGCGUCGAAGACGUGUCAGAAACGAGAAAGGAAGCUUCUCAAAGAUUUAUAAAAAAACGAGAAGAAGACGUGGUCGAUUACGUAUCAGGUGGCGAGAGAAUCGCUCGUGAAAUGCGUUACGUCGCAGAGACGACCGAAGGUGAACGAAUUGGCGAUUGGUCGCCACCACCAACAAAUAUGAGGACCACUCGGCUUCAUAAACAUACUGGUUUUCCUACGGAAGGUACAACAGCUGCUAGAAAAGAUGCUCUGACGAAGAAGCCAUUGGAUUUAGAAGAAGAAGACGAAGCAAGAAAAUUCGAGACGUCCAAAUGGUUAGAAAGUCACUUUGGUAGCGAGUCUCGUUCAUCACAUGGUUCUAUAGAUGCCGAUGAUGGACCUUUCAUACCUAACACCAAUACUAGUUACAUACACGUCACGAUGAAGUCCUGUAGUCCGAGAGAGAGAGAAUAUCAAAACGUUAAUUCUAAUCGUCAUCAUCAUAAUUCAGCUACUGGCCGCGAUUCUACCUCACCUUCUGGUUACUUUCACGGUAUCAGUGAAUGGUCCGAAAGAUACCAAGGCAAAGAAAAGGAAGACAAUUAUACGAGAACGGGUUCGCCAUCGCAACAUUUGGAAACAGGACGAACGAAUGGACAUUCUCGCGAGCAUACGAAAAAUCAAUUCGAGUCGACGUAUUCGCGUACUUACGAAUCCGUUCGACGACGUGAACAUCAGGAAAGUGUUCAAGAUGACAAGCAACGUACACCGUCACCACCUGCACGACGUAAACCCAAGGAACAGUUACAUUCGAGGGUCAUAGAGAAAACAAUUACGAACGAAUCACCGUCGAUUAGAACAUCAAGUCCGGUUCACGUUGUGCAAAGAACAUGGGAGAGUAGAAGUCGAGAUGUUCAAGAGCAAACGGUUGAUCGAGAUGCUCGUAAAAAGUCGACGAGUGUUAGGUCACGUUCGACUUCACCGAAACAAGUGAGAAUUAUGCGCGAAGAAAAGAAAACGAAUGUCUCUAAUUCGUCACGACCCUCCAAAAGUACCAGUCAAUCGAAAUACAAGAUCGGUGAAUCCUUCCGUAAGCUCGUAGGCAAGUUACGUUCAGCAAGUACAGAAAGGAAGAACAAACAAAAAAGUGGUAAUUCGAUGUCACAAGUAACGCAAACGGAGGAUGAUGGAUCUACUUAUAUGCAGUACAACGUUAUAGACAAAAAUAUUCCAUUGUUCAACGAUCGAGAGAUUGAAAAUCGUGUACCAGAGAGACCACCUAGAUCGCCAAGAAAUAGCAACGUCGUGACUACUAAAGUAAUACCAUCUAAAACAACGAAAACUACGAGUGAUCGUUCGAUUCGUGAUGAUCAUGGUCAGAGAAACGAAACUAUUCCACCGGUUCAUAGGUAUUAUCUCGGUGAAGAUCCAUUCGGUGGUAGCAUCUAUGGCCGUGAGAGAGGAUACAAAGACGCCAAACGUCCAACGAGAAAUCGUUUCGUUUCUAAAACUGGUGGAGCCAUCGAAACGGAAUACAGUGUCGCGACCAACUCACUCGGCAGGUUUAGCAAAUCAACCAGUCGAUUGACUAACGCGUACGAGACGGAUGAUCAAUUCAGGAACGUACAAACAUUGCCAAGGAAUAUGAGGUCCGAGGAUAAACCAACUUAUCAACCAUCGUCUUUUUCAACGAGACAACAAGUUCAUUCCGUCCUUCCAAAUUCCCACGGAAUGACAACUUCGAGACAAUAUGGCAGUAUGAUCAACAUAUCUAUUAAAAAUGCUAUUACGUCAACGCCAAAGUCCCAUCAACCGUACACAAAUCUUCAGGCACCUGUUAAACCUGAAAGAACGUACAAGUCAACGUUAGCUCGUAGCAAAAGUUUCAACGUCGAGGCCGAUAAAAAUGGCGUUGAUAAAACGAUCAAUGUACCUUACAAAUCCAGUUUGCAAUUGAAUCGUUUGGACGAGACACCACCGUUAAAGAGUCCUGGUAUUCUUGCCAGCAUCAGUCGUAGCAAUAGAGAUCUAUUUAAGGAUAGCAGAAGAGAGUAAGGAAAUAUAUGUAUGUACACAUAUGUAUAUGCUUUUGAUCUGAUUUAAAACAAUCUUUCCAUUGAUUUAUUUUCUUGAGAUCAUAUCUAAUAUUAAAAGAAAGAUGCGCUUGUUUACCCAAACUAUAUCGACACGAUCCGCAUAUUUAUUUCCACUUCAUUUAAGAUCCUUUCGAUAGUAAUUUUAAAGUUGACAAAGUAAAACAAAAAUAGCAAAAGAAUAUAAAACGAAAAGCUCACAAAGGUUUAAAAUAUUGUUAACGUUGUAAUGUUUGUUUCUUUUUUUUUUUUCUUUUUUUUUCCUUUCUCUUUUUUUUUCUCGUUUCGACAAGUACAUACAAUUACACAGUUUCUAAAAUGAAAUAAUGUAUUUUAUUAUAUAAUGUAAUAUUAUACUCGAAGAUAUCAAGUACAAAUUAUCUUCAUUAACAUAUACUACGUUCAAACUUGUUUUACCAAUGGAUAUUACGGUAUGUAUAAGAAAUUAAAAAAAAAAAGAAGAAAAGAAAAAAAAAAGAAAAAAGAUAAAUAGAUAUAGAAAAAGAAAAGGAAUUUUAAAUAUAUUCAACGAAUUGUAAAAAUAAUAAAAAAUAUAUAUGUGAAACAGAAAA